AUGGCCUUGGAAGUGAAGGUUAAGGUAUAGACUAUUUCCAUCUGAGAAGUAGAUACACAAUGGAUGGCCAUUACCUUGACUCUGACUCAAACAUAUUAGCUGACAUUGUUGUUAUUGAUUGAUUACCACCAUAAAUAAAUCAGUGACAUGGUUUUCAAAAUAAGAAAUAAGAUGACAACACAUGAAAAAAAGACAAGAUGAGUGUAAGAAAUGAAAACAAUGUAAAAAAAAGAAAGAGGGGGGGCUGAUCAAAUGUAUUGGAUAUAUUUGAUCAUUUCCACAGGCUGCUCUAUUUUACAACACGUGACAGAAAAGCACAACCCUGCAGAAGAUGCUGGAGAUAUUGAUGCUCAAUAAAAGGUCAGUACAUUCUUCACAUCUGGAUCAUACAUUUAUAUAACAUUGUAUAGAGUCAAAGCUCCAUUGUGAUCUCAAAACAAAGAAAAUGAAGAGAUACAGAUACGUGGGCUCUGCUCUCCUUACAAUUCUGUAUGUCAACUACAUCAAUGUGAAAGGAAACAGUGCCACACAGUGGAUAUAUUUGAAAUGAUUUCACGUUUACAAAUAGUUAGGCACAAAAUACAUCUAGCUAUCUAUACUGAGGAAUGAUUUUCCACGUCCAGGUUAAGUCAACUACUGGACUAAAAAGCUCAAUCUGAAUCUGUGAACCUGUUCCUAAAAGUUAUUUAACUUUAGAAUCAGUAGGGUAGACUAGCUUUUGUGUCUGACCAGAUGCAAUUUCAUUCUUUAGGUGUUUCAGAUAUUUUAAUGCAAUUUUAAAUACAAGGCUGAACAACAACUGAAAAAGCCCCAAGCAAUUAUGCGCACCAGAAAAGCUUGAAUGUCGGCUAACAGUAAUCUACACCUGUUUGUUUUCUAGGUUGCUGACAGCUGACCAUUAACAAAUAACUUGAAAGCAGAGGAUCAGUAAUGGAGGGUUAAUUCAAGUAAACUCAGUUUACCAAACUUUAUAUUUUAUUAAUAGGGUUUACUCACCUUUUACCUUUUUAAAGGGAUAGUUCACACAAAUUACAAAAUGACAUAUUGGUCAAGGCUAUCGUGUUCAAAACAUCUUUCAGUGACUUUGUUGAGUUUUACAAUCAAUUUUAGAUACUUGUGGAUGAUUUGCUGAUCACCGGACCUUAUGAUAACUCAGCUAUACAGCUGAUGCCUCCUGGACUGUUCCUUUUUACGGUACCGCAUCCUGUUUAUGUUUAGCCUCAGCCCAAACUGUGUCGUCAUUACCAGCUGUUGUCUUAGCUCUCUCUGUCACGAUCGUUAUAUGGAGUAGACCAAGGCGCAGCGUGAUGAACGAACAUAUUUAUUUAUAUAAUGAAUGCACGAACAAAACGAAAACGUGACGUCCUACGGUAAACACAACCCAAACGGAACAAGAUCCCACAAACACGAAUGGAAAACAGACUGUUUAAAUAUGGUUCCCAAUCAGAGACAACCAGCCACAGCUGACACUCGUUGCCUCUGAUUGAGAACCACACUGGCCAACAUAGAAAUAGAACACAUAGACCUACAACACAGAACUAGAAUACAUAGAAUCUACACACCCUGGCUCAACAUAUAGAGUCCCCAGAGCCAGGGUGUGACACUCUCAAAUUACACCGUGAUUGCUUUAUGCAUCUCUCCCAUCUCAAUAUGGUUAGCUUAUUGUUGUUUUGGUUAUUUCUAAUUGUACUAUUUCACUGUAGAUCCCCCAGCCCAGCUAAACCUGCCUUAGAUAGCUCCUUUGUCCCACCCCCCAUACACGCGGAGACCGACUCAAUUGGUGCCUCCAGUGAUGCUAUCUCUUUCAUUGUUACCCAACGCUUAGGUUUACCUCCACUUUACUCAUAUCCUUCCAUAUCGUUGUCUGUACAUAAUGCCCUGAAUCUUUUCUACAACGCCCGGAAAUCUGCCCCCUUUAUUCUAUGUACCCAACGCACUAGAAGACCAGUUCUUAAAGCCUUUAGCCGUAUCCUUAUUCUAGUCCUCCUCUGUUCCUCCGGUGAUGUAGAGGCUAACCCAGGCCCUGCAGCCCUCAGUAUCACUCCUACUCCCCAGGCGCUAUCAUUUGCUGACUUCUGUAAUCGCAAAAGCCUUGGUUUCCUGCAUGUAAAUAUCAGAAGUCUACUUCCUAAGUUUGAGUUAUUCACUGCGUUAGCACACUCCGCCAACUCUGAUGUUCUAGCAGUGUCUGAAUCCUGGCUUAGGAAGGCCACCAAAAAUUCUGAAAUGUCCAUCCCCAACUAUAACAUUUUCUGUCUAGAUAGAACUGCCAAAGGGGGUGGAGUUGCAAUCUACUGUAGAGAUAGCCUGCAGAGCUCUAUCAUACUAUCCAGGUCUGUGCCCAAACAGUUUGAGCUUCUACUUCUAAAAAUCCACCUUUCCAGAAAUAAGUCUCUCACUGUUGCUGCUUGCUACAGACCCCCCUCAGCCCCCAGCUGUGCCCUGGACACCAUAUGUGAAUUGAUUGCCCCCCAUUUAUCCUCAGAGUUCGUACUGCUUGGUGACCUAAAUUGGGAUAUGCUUAAUACCCCGGCCAUCCUACAAUCCAAACUAGAUGCCCUCAAUCUCACGCAAAUUAUCAACGAACCUACCAGGUACAACCCUAAAUCCGUAACCAUGGGUACCCUCAUAGAUAUCAUCCUGACUAACUUACCCUCUAUAUACACCUCCGCUGUCUUCAACCAGGAUCUCAGCGAUCACUGCCUCAUUGCCUGUGUCCGUAACGGGUCCGCGGUCAAACGACCACCCCUCAUCACUGUCAAACGCUCCCUAAAACACUUUAGCGAGCAGGCCUUCCUAAUUGACCUGGCCCAGGUAUCCUGGAUGGAUAUAGAUCUCAUUCCGUCAGUAGAGGAUGCCUGGUUGUUCUUUAAAAGUAAUUUCCUCUCAAUCUUAAAUAAACAUGCCCCAUUCAAAAAAUACAGAACUAAGAACAGAUAUAGCCCCUGGUUCUCCUCAGACUUGACUGCCCUUGACCAGCACAAAAACAUCCUGUGGCGUACUGCAUUAGCAUCAAAUAGCCCCCGCGAUAUGCAACUUUUCAGGGAAGUUAGGAACCAAUAUACACAAGCAGUCAGGAAAGCAAAGGCUAACUUUUUCAAACAGAAAUUUGCAUCCUGUAGCACUAACUCCAAAAAGUUUUGGGACACUGUAAAGUCCAUGGAGAAUAAGAGCACUUCCUCCCAGCUGCCCACUGCACUGAGGCUAGGAAACACUAUCACCACCGAUAAAUCUACAAUAAUCGAGAAUUUCAACAAGCAUUUUGCUACAGCUGGCCAUGCUUUCGACCUGGCUACCACUACCCCGGCCACCAACUCUGCACCCUCCGCUGCAACUUGCCCAUGUCCCCCCCGCUUCUCCUUCACACAAAUUCAGACAGCUGAUGUUCUGAAAGAGCUGCAAAAUCUGGACCCCUACAAAUCAGCUGGGCUAGACAAUCUGGACCCUUUCUUUCUAAAACUAGCCGCCGAAAUUGUCGCAACCCCUAUUACUAGUCUGUUCAACCUCUCUUUCGUAACGUCUGAGAUCCCCAGAGAUUGGAAAGCUGCCGCGGUCAUCCCCCUCUUCAAAGGGGGUGACACUCUAGAUCCAAACUGUUACAGACCUAUAUCCAUCCUGCCCUGCCUUUCGAAAGUAUUUGAAAGCCAAGUUAACAAACAGAUCACUGACCAUUUCGAAUCCCACCGUACCUUCUCCGCUAUGCAAUCCAGUUUCCGAGCUGGUCAUGGGUGCACUUCAGCCACACUCAAGGUCCUAAACGAUAUUAUAACCGCAAUCGAUAAUAGACAGUACUGUGCAGCCGUCUUCAUCGACCUGGCCAAGGCUUUCGACUCUGUCAACCACCGCAUUCUUAUUGGCAGACUAAAUAGCCUUGGUUUCUCAAAUGACUGCCUCGCCUGGUUCACCAACUACUUCUCAGAUAGAGUUCAGUGUGUCAAAUCGGAGGGCCUGUUGUCUGGACCUAUGGCAGUCUCUAUGGGGGUGCCACAGGGUUCAAUUCUUGGGCCGACUCUUUUCUCCGUGUAUAUCAAUGAUGUCGCUCUUGCUGCUGGUGACUCUCAGAUCCACCUCUACGCAGACGACACCAUUUUGUAUACAUCUGGCCCUUCAUUGGACACUGUGUUAACAAACCUCCAAACGAGCUUCAAUGCCAUACAACACUCCUUCAGUAGCCUCCAACUGCUCUUAAACACUAGUAAAACUAAAUGCAUGCUCUUCAAUCGAACGCUGCUGGCACCCGCCCACCCGACUAGAAUCACCACUCUCGACGGGUCUGACCUAGAGUAUGUGGACAACUACAAAUACCUAGGUGUCUGGUUAGACUGUAAACUCUCCUUCCAGACUCACAUUAAGAAUCUCCAAUCCAAAGUUAAAUCUAGAAUCGGCUUCCUAUUUCACAACAAAGCCUCCUUCACUCAUGCUGCCAAACAUGCCCUCGUAAAACUGACUAUCCUACCGAUCCUUGACUUCGGCGAUGUCAUUUACAAAAUAGCCUCCAACACUCUACUCAGCAAAUUGGAUGUAGUCUAUCACAGUGCCAUCCGUUUUGUCUCCAAAGCCCCAUACACUACCCACCACUGUGACCUGUACGCUCUUGUUGGCUGGUCCUCACUACAUGUUCGUUGUCAAACCCACUGGCUCCAGGCCAUCUAUAAAUCACUGCUAGGCAAAUCCCCGCCUUAUCUUAGCUCAUUGGUCACCAUAGCAGCACCCACCCGUAGUCUGCGCUCCAGCAGGUAUAUCUCACUGGUCAUUCCCAAAGCCAACACCUCCUUUGGCCGCCAUUCCUUCCAGUUCUCUGCUGCCAAUGACUGGAACAAAUUGCAAAAAUCGCUGAAGCUGGAGACUCUUAUCUCCCUCACUAACUUUAAGCAUCAGUUGUCAGAGCACCUUACCGAUCACUGCACCUGUACACAGCCCAUCUGAAAUUAGCCCACCCAACUACCUCAUCCCUAUAUUGUUAUUUAUUUUGCUCUUUUGCACCCCAGUAUCUCUAUUUGCACAUAAUCUCUUGCACAUCUACCAUUUCAGUGUUAAUACUAAUUGUAAUUAUUUUGCACUAUAGCCUAUGUAUUGCCUUACCUCCAUAACUUGCUACAUUUGCACACACUGUAUAUAUAUUUUCUGUUGUAUUUUUUUUGACUUUAUGUUUUUUUACCCCAUAUGUAACUCUGUGUUCUUGUUUUUAUCGCACUACUAUGCUUUAUCUUGGCCAUGUCGCAGUUGUAAAUGAGAACUUGUUCUCAACUGGCUUACCUGGUUAAAUAAAGGUGAAAUAAAUAAAAAUAAAUAAAUAAAUAAAUGUUGGACAUGAUUUACAAAAAAUGCUAAUAUCAGUCCAAUGACUUGAAUAGGAUUUGUGGCACAAAUGAUUAAUGUUAGUAUGUGGAAACAGUGACUGGGAAACUAAACCAAAGAAUGCAUUGCUGUCAUACCUUGUCCAUAGACUGCUUACAGGGUAAGGAAACCAAUGUGUCAUUUUGGAAUUUGUGUGAACUAUCCCUUUAAUGCUAUUUUGCAUUUUGUAGUUUACCCACCUAUUCUGCUAGAUGAGUGUUUUAUGGUAUACCCACUUACUUACCCACAGAGUUUAGGGUUCACCCACCUAUGUUUUUACCACUACAUCCCUCAAGGGAUACUUCGGUAUAUUCUGGACACCAUGAAGCAAAAUAGUAAACCCGGGAACCCUAGGGAAAAAGGAAAACCCAAGCAAAUUCUAAGAACUAGCUUGGAGCUGCCAAGAACACCCCUUUUAUCCUUUAUCAUAGAUCAAAAAUAGCUAAAGUGGGUCUUUCAGCAGAAGAGGAGAAGGCCCCCCCCCCCCCCCCCCGCCACACCCCGUUAGUAGGGUACUGCCAAUGGGAUACUGCCCAAAUGGGCACUGUCAACAUAUUAUAUAAUUGUCUGCACCAUUUGAAGGGAGCUUCCAAGCUACAAAGCAGACCUUUGUUGAUUAUCUGAAGCGGUUCAUUCUUAGUUUGGUACAUUAUAUAUGCUCUGGCAAACAUCCCUGGCAUGGUUUCCAAUCUGGUUUAAUAGGCAGGCAAUACUGAGUAACCAAAUUGCAGACACAAAUAGCAUAGGGCAGUUUUUAAAAACCUGAUUGUGUAGCCUACAUCAACUGCUUUUGCUGAUAAUGCAGAAUAUGAAAUAUUUUAAAUUAAACCCAUAGACAUACUGUAUAACCCCGCAAACAUGUAAAUAAUGCUGUCAAUGCUAUGCCAUUGACAUAGCCUCUCCCUGUUUGAAACAGGUUAAACACACAGGCGGGAAAGUUUUCUAAAGGAGAUUGAGAUUGUGCAAUGUUUCGUUCCAUGACACCACGUUCCGGACACAUCCACGCGAAAGAAUGUUCCUAAUGCCGCCCACGUUCCGGAUAUUUUUGUUGUUGUAUUUACAGUGUUUUAUACCAUUGGACUUAAAUUACAUUUUACAUUAUUUAGACUCCACGUAGAAGCUUUAUAGCAGGCUAAAAUAUAGCAUACUAUAUAUUUAGUCCCUCAGUAUUCAUCCCUCGAAACCAACAGGUUAUAGGCUACUGUAUCAACCUAUUGAAACAAUUUCACCGUCAUUGUCUCCCGAGUGGCGCAGUGCUAGCUGUGCCACUAGAGAUCCUGGUUCGAAUCCAGGCUCUGUCGUAGCCGGCCGCGACCGGGAGACCCCAUGGGGCGGCGCACAAUUGGCCCAGCGUCGUCCAGGGUAGGGGAGGGAAUGGCCGGCAGGGAUGUAGCUCAGUUGAUAGAGCAUGGCGUUUGCAACGCCAGGGUUGUGGGUUCGAUUCCCACAGGGGGUAUGAAAAAUAAUAAUGUAUGCACUAACUGUAAGUCGCUCUGGAUAAGAGCGUCUGCUAAAUGACUAAAAUGUAAAUGUAAAUGUGAAACAACAGAGCGAAAUCUAAACUUGACUAGAAACAGUUACACGGUGACUUGUCCUAAAGGCAUGAGGGACAGUUCGCAGUCGUUCAGACGUCCACGCCAAAGUUUCCUGUUGCCAAGGUAUAUACCACAUUUCUUCUCUCUCUCGCUCCUUUACUGGUAACGACCGCCUACUUACUUGCCAUUGGACACCUCGUGUUCAUAUAGGACACGCAUCUGUUGCAUUUCAGUAUCUGAGUGGUUGACAAGGCUGUCACCGGUCGGGGAGGCGUGACCGAGUGAUGACUGUCGGAGGGGGAAAUAGACGGAGACAGUCGGACGAUCAUCACAUCUGAAGGUGAAAGAUCCCGCGGAAGGUCUUGCUGCGCUGCGUGUCCCGGACUCGUCUGAUGUAGGCUAAUAAAGUAAGCCUACAGUAGUAGCCUUGAAGAGGAAGAAGUAGACCCACAUGCAUUGGUAUUUUCUCCCUCAUCUUGUGCAAUGUUCUCAAACUUUUUACUUAUCACGUGAAACAGUGUACGCAAGAAAGAGCACAAAUUAUUUUAGUGUAGCCUAUACCAAAUUAAAUUGAAUGCAUGUCAACAUGUUAAGUUAUAGUAUUUGAUGGGCGUGAAAUAGGUUUUUCUGAUUUGUGGAAGAGAGCAAUGUCAGAAAGGAAUUUCUCACUGAUUGCUCUGCCUGCCUCUCUCAGCAGCCUUUGUCACUAAAACAUGGGAGAGGCUGAGAUUUAUACUGUAGGUUUAUGUGAGGUAUUGAUUGCGUUAUUAUUGGGUGUCAACGAUAUUUAGUCAAUGGGUGCCACAGUGUAAAUUCCUCAGUCACAUUAGCCAUAGGCAAACACUUGACAGGGUUGACAAUAGGAAAUAGGUAUUGCUGAAAUUACAUUAACUUGACUGAAUAUGCGUUGUUAUCAUGUAAGGAUCUCGUUUUGAAGGUGUUGCAACUACAUUUAUUUUAAUAAGCAACUCUGUUUUAUCAGAUGUGGGCAUGUGGUCAAUAAAAGUUUAAAGUUACUGUGUAAACAUGUCUGAUAGUGCUUUCUGGUUGGAUAACAUACUUAUGCUGUCUGCUUCUGAAAAUGCAUUCUUUCACCAGUUCAGGAAAUGAAAAUUUGAUUACUUGAUAAAAACGUGCUUGCAUCGUAUGAUCAGAAGAACAUAAAGAGAGGGAGGAGAGAACAAUGUUUGAGUUUUCACCCUAAGGAAGGAGAGUGUAUAAUGAAUUCAAACUGCAUUAGAAAUACAUUUCAAGUGUGACUUUAUCUGUUUCAAUGUAUACAUUUUAAUCAGAUUUGUGUGUUUAGUUAUUAGACUCCCAUUACAUUUACAUUACAUUUACAUUUUAUUCAUUUAGCACACUCUUAUCCAGAGUGAUUUACAGGAGCAAUUAGGGUAAAGUUUAUACACCACACUGCUUAGAAAGAUAUCCUUAUCUUUUCUCUGUUCAUCUUCAAGGUUGAAGUGUUCAUGUCCCCCCCAUAGCAUCGCUCCUCUCCCUCCUAUUACUGUUUAGAGUACAAACUACAGAGAUAAAUAAUGUAUCAGACACUGAGCAUUAGAAGCCCAGGGCAAGGUCCAUAGACAUUAUAGUAGCCUAAUCUGCUAGGUUAACUGCAGAUUAAGGCUAACUACUGUUAAUACAUUGUCAGCUCUGCUGCAGGAGUCAGAACAGGUCUGGUGUAAUCUGGCCUCCUGGGGCCUUGGUGACCUAGCCAGGUAGGGCAAGCAUAAAGGGUGUCCUCUGUUUCCCUGGUUAAACCAGACUGAACGUGCACUCACCAGUCUAGUCCUCUCUACUGAGGUGGCAGGAUUUUACAGAGGAACUGUGAAGGAGAGACGUUCACUUGGACUAGAGACUUAUUUUUAAGUAAUUUGACUGCUGAAGCAAGUAGUGUGAUGUAUUUGUAUUUCUUUUCAUAUCCAUUUCAUUCAACAUUAAACGUUUUCAUAGCCUUCGCUGAUUGUCAACUGCACACACCCCAAAUUCUAAUUGUCUUGUUAAUCGUUCCGGUUGUAAUAUAAGCUUGUGUUUGCGGAGUCCUCCAACAAAGGUGAUGUUUUUAUUGCCAAUAGUUUUACUUGCUCCGCAGUUUUAAAAUAAAUUAAGUAAUUUUAAACCUCUUUUUAUUCUUAGUUAUUGUUUUUAAGCCUUUUAAGUGUUAGAAUGCUAAAUGCCUUUCUAAUGGUGUUACUCUCCUUCUCUUUCAAUUGCCAGUCUCCUGGAGCUAUCCAGCCAGCAACAACAACAGUCCCACCGUCCAUCAGACCAUCCUUCAUGGCAACAAUCGUCAUGGAGAGGAUUGGGCGUCUGUUCAUCAACCUUCAGCAGCUAAGGGCGGUGCCCCAGAUGCUGACAGAGGCCGCCCCCUCCAUGCCCGGCACGCUACGGGACACCGAAGUUCCCGGGUUCUUCAGAGAGCACUACAUCCAAGCUGGCUACCGACCGCUCCACCAGGGCUGGAGGUACUGUAACAUGAUGUACUGCAAUACCCAUAAUGCUAUGUACAACAUCCGGUUUUAUCAUAGUAAAGACGUCUCUGAAGCUAACAUAAUGGUGUCAAUCUCUGAAGCUAACAUAAUAGUGUUCCGUCUCCUUAUCAAUACAGGUACUACUUCCUGUCGCUGUUCCAGUGUCACAACGAGACCAUCAACGUGUGGACCCACCUGCUGGGGUCUCUCCUUGUCCUGGUCAGGUUCCUCCAGCUGGCUGAGAUGGUAGACUUUAUCCAUGAUGCCCACGCCUGGCCCCUCCUCAUCCUCCUCCUGUCCUCCCUGGCCUACAUGGCCUGCAGCACUGUAGCCCACCUCCUGGCCGCCAAAUCAGAGUUCUACCACUACUGCUUCUUCUUCCUGGAUUACGUAGGAGUGGCUCAGUAUCAGUACGGCAGCGCCGUGGCUCACUUCUACUAUGCUGUGGAACCAGACUACCACCGGUGGGUCUCCUCGGUCUUCAUGCCCACUGCCACCUUCCUCUGCUGCCUGUCCUGCCUGGGCUGCUGCUAUGGGAAGUAUCGCAACCACAGCCUGCGGGUCUGGGUCCGGAAGGUGGGGCAGGUGGUUCCCUCGGCUAUGGCCUAUGCCUGGGAUACUAGCCCGGUGUUCCACCGCCUCCUCCUCUGGCCCACGUCGCACAGUGAUGACAUCACUGCCCCGGCCAGUGGCGUAGUCGGCGACCCUGCUAUAUCCUUCCAUGGGGGCCAGGUAGCCUUCUUCCUGUCCAGUGCGUUCUUCUUCACCAACCCACUCCCAGAGCGUCUGUUCCCAGGCCACUGUGACUUCCUGGGGCAGGGCCACCAGCUGUUCCACGUCUUCCUGGUGAUCUGUACUCUCUGUCAGAUCCAGGCCUCUCACCUGGACUACCUGGGCCGACGGCCACUCUACACACCGCUACAUGGAGAGGGAGGAGCAGCAGCCACUAUCUAUCUGGUGCAGUAUGGAGCCACGCUGGUGGCCUGUGUCUGCAUAGCAGUCUUCAUGGCGAGGAAAGUAAAACGGUUGCUUGACUGCAAAGACAAGUCCAAAUGAACUGGCUAGGAGACUGUGUAAGAGGGUAGGAGAGUUAUAAUCACUUCCCAGUGGGCAAAACUGGUUG